GCGUCGGAUCAGACCGACGGUCAUCGAAAAGUGUUCGAAGGGGAUUCGGUGUCACGGGAAUAAUCGAGAAUCCAGACGAAACGAGGGGGAGGUAAAGAAGUCCGGAUCGUGGAAUGGAAUUGAAAAGAAAGGAGCCAAAGCCAGAGGACCUCGAGGAAACUCCAGUUCUCUGGACGAUCUGUAAAACGGGUGUCCCUCGAAUAUUGACCACAAGUUUGCUCGCUAUAAUUCGGUACUGCGCGGAUCAGCUACCGGAAAGAAUGACCCUGGGCUGGCUAAGAAUCCUGGCCUCUGUGCUGGUGAUCGUGAUGCCGCGAUCCUUCACUUACGUUCUCCUGUAUCCAAUUUUCAGAUUAGUGUUCGGCAAUCUGUACCCGGCCUACGCUUCGUAUAAAGCGGUGAGGACGAAAAACGUGAAAGAAUACGUAAAAUGGAUGAUGUACUGGAUCGUGUUUGCGCUGUUCACGUGCGCGGAGACCUUCACCGACGUCUUCUUUAGCUUCUGGUUUCCUUUUUACUAUGAAGUCAAGACCAUCCUAGUGAUUUGGCUACUCAGCCCAGCCACAAAGGGCUCGAGCAUCCUCUACAGACGUUUCGUUCAUCCAGCCUUGAUCCGCCGCGAGGCUGAAAUCGACGAAGCUCUGGCACGCGCGACAGAGCAAGGCUAUACGGCAGUCUUGCAUCUUGGCUCGAAGGGCGUCAAUUACGCCACUACGGUUCUCAUGCAGACCGCCAUCAAAGGCGGUGGCGGCUUGGUGCAGCAGUUGAAGAAGAGCUACAGCCUGAGCGACCUGACCGGCGAGAAAGAAGACGAGAAUAGAAAUACGCCACACAUGCACGACGAGACGGAUAUGGAAGUGGAGCCUCGUCGAAGGGAACACGUCGGUAGAAGAGGGUACAGUCCUCGUAGGACACAGUCGAGCAACACCCGAGUAGAGAUGUAUUUCUCCGAAGUGGACGUAGACGUUAGACAACCAGCAUCUAGGGAACCAACUACUAGCCUAACUAAUAUAAGGUCCUCGGACGACAUAUCGAGCGGAUACGGCAGCAGGGAAGCGCUGCAGUCCAGUCGUACGUCUCAGGGCGAUUCGUUAGUUCGAACAUCGAGCGUCGGUGCAAAAACACGAGCAAGAACAGCACGCUCCGCCACGAAGAAGACCCCAGAGGACUCAGGAGAGGAUUCCGACAGCAUCGACCCUCCUUUCUCCAAAAACAUCUCAUUUCCGACACCUUUAAGUCUUCUGACCCCCGAACAAGCUCUCGAGUUCUUGCUUCUACUCUCGCAAAACAGUAAUGUUGCCGAUUAUAUCAAAUUCGAUCGUGACUCCUUUGUCGCAGGUAACGAGCAUCUACUCGAAAAUACCAGUCAAUCAGGCCCGGAACUAGAGCAAAUAAAAUCAAAAGAACUAAAAGAUAACUCGUCAGGCACUGUACUAACAGCUGAAGUUCAAGUAAUUCAGAGUAUAGAAACAAAAGCUGUUCCUGAGCAAUCGUCAACCUUAGAAAGAUCAAAUGAUAGCAAAGACACGAGUAACAGCACCCAAAUUAAGCAAUCUGAAGUAGAAAAAUACGAAAAGCCUGAAGAAGUAAUCGCAGAUGAAACUUCUACGGUUUCUAGGGUAACAGAUGAACUUUGUCAGAACAAAUUCGACGAACUGAAACAACUCUUAAGUAAUGCUCACAAGGCUGUUAACAACAUAGUUUACACUCAAGAAAAAUUCAAGAAGAGCAACACAUCCAUCCCUGAGACAUUGUCUGAAAAGAAGGAACCUUCUGAAAAUGUGGAUACUCAGAAAGGUAAUGAAAAUGAAAGUAACGAAAAAGAAGGUGUCUCUAAAGGCAUCAAAGCGUCUUUAGAAGAACCGGAAAUUGGUAAGAAUGAUGAGAUAAACACGGUAGAAGAGAAGAAAAGUAGCACGUGCUUGGACACUUGGACAGAUCCAAACGUGUCGCGUAGCAAUUCCGACAGCUUGGGUCGAGCUGAUAACAAGCUUCGCUACCCUCCCCCGCAGCAAGAAGACAACUAAGAAGAAGGUGGCAUGAAAUUUAGGGACGGCUGCUGAUCACAUCAAGGAAUAAAAAGAUCAUUUCUUCGAGUGCGAUUGAUUUGAAUCUAAACGCAACUGCUCGGCCAAGGUGCAGGCAAUUUACGAGAUCAGCAGCGGACGUAAAAUUGAGGUGAUGCAUAAAUGCAUAAACGAGAUGGUGUCCUAGCACUAGCGUUACUCAAAUCGUUUGUACAUAGCUCUCUUAUAAUGCAAACGAAAUUCAAUCAUCAAUUAUGUUUCGAGCAGACCUGGUUAAAGUAGUAGUUACAAAAGAAGAACACCUUUGAUCCAUCACUUUCCAUUGAAUUGAAUUUAAAAAAAAGAAAAAAAAAAAAGAAGCAAAUGCUACUGUACAAUUAGUUGAUCAUGACGGAUCACUAUAACACAGUUGC